AUGAGAGUUCUCUGCCUUUUCAAGGUGCCUGUCGCCUGUGUUGCGGUGACUGUGGCCUUGGCUGGGCCAUCUUGUGAUUUUGAACUAGAUGAUUCGGAGUCUUUUUCCGCGUUAGAAGUCGAAACUACUGCGGAUUUCGCCAAACUGCCGCGUUCAAACUCUUCGCCUUCGCCGCCGUCUGCAAGAAAUGCAUCUGGGCGUGCGGACUUGUCUAGAAGACAAUUCUUGAGUUCUAGGCCUGCAAAACGUCACCUAGGCCCGUUUGGGGCCACGGCGGCAGCUGUUCAACCAGAUCAUACUAAUGUGGAAUUGAGUUCAACCUAUCACGCAGGGUCUUCAAGCGAUCAGUCAAGUAGUGAAACAACCGAGGAGGAUUCGGAUGACGAGCCUCAUGACGUUCGAGGACGCCGUCAUUCUCAAAAGGGCUUGCAAAGGGACGCUCGAGAUGCUAUCAGGAAAAGGCGGCACGGGACGUCUCCAUCUCAACAGAGAUCUGGCCCCAUCCCUCCUGAUCACUCUAACGAUGCCAAGCAAAUUGGAUCCUUGCCACGAAGAAUGUCAUUCACUCGUUCACGCUCGCCCCAUCCACGGACCUUCGACAAUGCAACUAAUGCAGCACACCUACCUUCUGGAGCUUCUUCAUUUCCUCAGCGGCACAAACUGCUUCCAUCUCGCCAUACAGCGUCCCCUCGUACUGAGACUCGUGAAAUUAGGCGCAGUGGCUCUCAGUUGAGCCCUGCAAUUAAACCACGCUUUAGUUUCAUUUGGAUGAGUGUCCCAAAGAAUUACAGGGAGUCUCCGAACGAUGGCGUCCUCACAGGGCUCCUACUCCCACCUAUGAUUGCGCUAGCGCUAUUAUACUCGGCCUUGCGGCAGGUUCACUCCCCUUCCUCUGAUCCCAAUCUUCCUCCACCUCAUUGGUUGAUAGAAGCCCCCAGUGUACUCCAUAACCCUCGAUCACCUGAUUCCGCGAUCGAUGCUCUCAUACAAUCUCGUCGUGGCCUAGUGGACUAUUCCACAAUGUGUUCGUUUAUAUUACUGGCCCAAAUAUGUUCGUCGUGGAUCAUUGAGACACGCUAUCGCGGACGUCCUAGCGUCCCUGAGGGAGAGCGGGGCUCUGUUCCUCGUAGUGAAAUGCGUAGAACAUGGCUUUACGUGCUCUUCACUUUCGUCAUGACCAUGUUGGCCAUGACUGUUCGAUACCUUUUUGCGUUGGUGGAGAUUCCUAUAUGGCGAAAUAUUAGCUAUCUCGAUAUUGGCAUCGGCUCGUUGUUCUACCAACUUUGCUUAUAUAGUGCCCUUCGCCUCGCGCAUGGUGGGUUCACGCUGGGUGAAUUGGCCCUUGUCUGCUUUGGCGGGCUGUCCUUGGCUACAGAACUGCUGGGAUUGACUAGAGCGAGGAUAUGGCCGAAAACAGCACCAUUCAUCGAGACCUACCGCCUGCCAACACCCCUGUUGAUUUUCCAGAUUGCGCUGAUCGCAGGUUCUUUCAUUACCGGCUUCCUACUUUCUCCUCUUCUCGCCCUAUCACGGCAUAUCGCGCAACGACCGGUGAGGCGUCUUCGACUUCCACAGGAGAAGCAACGGCAUCGACGAGCGCUUGCCGCGGGUUUUUACAUUGGAACGAUAAUCAUUGUCGUUGGUCUUAUUGGUUCGUGGACGUGGUGGAACCUCGGACGUAGAAAUCCGUGGUUUUGGGCUAUCCUUUGGCUUCUUGAGGGGCGUAAGAAGUGGAGUCGGCCCAUGCUUCUUGCCUACUGGGGCCUUCUCGGAAGCAUCAGCGUUGCCGGAUGGAACCGACAGCUAUCGAGGUCAAGGCGGUACAGACAUAGAAACACGAGUGGGGGUACGCAAGAUAAUGUGAUCGUUCCAUUUGCUGUGAACUCGAAUCAGAAACCACAAACGGAGAUAUCUUCACCCACUCCCACCACUACACUUGGGCUUACAUUCCCCAACUUGGCUAAUCUCUCUAAUCUGUCCAAUGGUUCGCAAGUCGCCACAGAAUUAUUGGAUGCCGCGGAUAAGCACGUUCCUACACUUGGUAUCAACGCGAGGCGCAAGUUCUUCCACGCGUUGGCAGUUGUUAUGUUUCUACCUGGUGUGGCUGUUGACCCCGCAUUCACUCACUUGUCCUUCAGUGCAGCAUUUGCGCUCUUUAUCUUUGCAGAGUAUGUUAGAUACUUCGCCAUUUAUCCCUUUGGUGCGGCUGUGCACCUGUUCAUGAACGAGUUCCUUGAGCAAAAGGACAGUGGAACUGCCAUCCUCAGUCACUUUUAUCUGCUUACUGGCUGCGCGGGCCCAUUGUGGCUUGAAGACCCAUCACAGUUGCUGCAAUAUACCGGUAUCCUCGCUUUGGGUAUUGGCGAUGCUCUGGCAUCUAUUAUUGGGAAACGUGUUGGUCGGCACCGUUGGUCUUCAUCGUCCUCUAAAACCCUAGAAGGUAGUGCUGCAUUUGUGAUGUCCCUCGUGGGUUGCGCGUGGCUUUUGAGACUUUGCGGACUUACGGAAGAAUUUUCGACAUUGCGCUAUGCUAUCGUGGUCUCUCUCUCAUGUGCACUUGAGGCCCUGUCAGACCAGAACGACAACUUGACUCUUCCGUUGUAUAUGUGGAGUUUACUUGCGACCGCCGACUUCACAAAGAUUCCUCUCUACUCUACCAUCACUACCGACGGCACUGGACAUUCUUCCUCGACAAUAACAGAUACAGCUCUAGAUUCACUUCCAUCAUCUCUAUCUCUCGCAAAGCCUUUUUCUUUGCCAUCAACGUUUCAAAUGCCCAUUCCACGUUUGCCCAAGGUGAGGCAGCGAAGUCCUCGACUUCCGCGACCAGCGACUGCCUCUAUGGCAGAGGGUACUCAAUCAUACCUACCCCCUGCGCCCCAGAUGGCAUGUUUACAUGAUAGUCACAUCCCCAGGAGCCUGGAUCCUCGUUUUUCUUCAAAGGAAGUAGAUGAUACUCGAGACACCGAUGCUUUAUCCAUGAAGUCAUUCGAAGUACGCCCUGCAGACUUGGCUUCAUCUGGUAGUCCUUAUGAAACACUUGCGGCCGCGACAAGUACUCCUUGCCGACCCGACAUCGAUGCAGCCGAGCACGACUGGGCUACCUUCAUGACUGCAUACGCAUUGGGUCAGUGGCACCCUCAUCAAACGCCUCGUCAUCCGCGUGCAAUGAUGUCUACUCUUAUCAUGCGAGAGAGUUCUCCGCGAGACAAUUUUGCGUUGAGACAUGAUCCUGCACCGAUCAUAAUCGAAUCACGGCAGCCUUCGCCUCCUGUAUCGCCUGCUUACCACACUUUUAUUUCUUCCUCGGUUUCCAAUUGCAGUAGCAAUGAGACAGAGUUCAAGCCCGCUGCAGAGAAAGCGGUGAUGGUCUCUGAUUUUCCCUCAUUCAUCUAUCCUGACAAACUAUUGUCAAAGAUUACACCAAAGUCAUCGUCGCUUAGUGGCCGCAGGUUCCGCAAGUCAUUCACAGAUCUGCGACACGCAACAGGAGGGCAGCCAAUGCAUCUCCCUUUAGAUGGGACACAAAGCUUUAGCAUUAGUCCGGAGGCAACUGCUGCGGCUGCAACCAUGCGAUGGGCAGCAGCACGCGUUAAUUUGUCUCCUCUUGCGUUGCCCUCUCCUGAGCAUGAGCUAACAGAUCCAAUGCGAGGUGUACAUGCAGCAAUACCAGGAUCACAUCCGGCUACCAGUAGUCCCCCUGCCCAUCCGACAACGCCCGGCAUGUCUCGCAUCCGCGCAGGCAGCUUUUGGGAGGGCACACAAGAUGUCGAAGAUGAAUCAACGGUGCCCACCCUACCCGGAUCAUUACCCAGAACACCCCUACGCAACAUAACUGAGGGAGAGUUAUAUGUGUCUCUUCCCCCGCCAGCAUCUGUUCCAUUGCAGCGUAAUUAUUCGCCUGAGCCGACAGAGGAAGGCGAUUACUUCACCGCAGUCAGUACAUCCGCUUCAGAGCCAUUUCCCAUGACCCCCGACCCCGCUCAACUUUGGCAGGAGUACGUAACCCACAGACGUGAAUCUGGGCCAAUGGAACUCAACGUUUGUACGGCACCACCCCUUCCACGAAGGAUUUGUUUAACAAGGCAAACAUCUUCGCCCCUACCCGACAGCAACGGCAGAGAUCGUGGCUUACCAGGCGGAAGAUCAGUAUGCGACUCCGUCAAUAGCUUUCGUGCUGGUCGGUCUGCGAAGGAGGAGCAGAUGUUCCUAGAUCUUGGCUAUUUAGCGCCGCCGAACCCUCCGGACGAGCUCGAGCGAAGGCGCGCUCUAUACAAGUUUAACCUCUGGAACACCGGCCCCGAUAUCAACUUCGAUCGCAUUGCACACCUGGUCAAACUUGUGUUCAACACGAAAUGCGUUUACAUAUCCCUCAUCGAUGGCACAGAGCAGGGUGAUGAACCAACUGUUAUCCUGGACACGAAGUUAGAUUGGCGGUUUGCUAAGAAUCCUCUGGUUACCGGAUUUCCAAACGUUCGCUUUUAUGCUGCGGCUCCUUUAAGAACCUCCGAUGGAUUCAACAUUGGCAGUCUUUCUUUGAUCGACGAUUCACCUCGGCAGGAUUUCGCCCCGCGUCAACGACACACUCUGAAGGAAUUUGCGGCUGUUGUGAUGCGUGAGAUGGAAUUGUGGCGUGAUAAAAUGGAGCAAUUUAGUCGAGAGUGCCUUGAGAUCGACCAGAACGAUGCAAAUAUGGAUGAUGACCCUUAUGCUAACGCAUCCAUGGACAGAGUGUAUGAUCGUGCAGCCAGACUUGUGAAGCGCACUUUAGAUGUCGAGGAGGUGGUAGUAAUGGAUGUUUCACACUGCGAAGUACUGGAGACUCUCAGUGCCGAAGCAACGAUAUCUGUUGUCAUGCAUCGCGGGGAUCCACAACCCCGAUCAACAUCUCGCACACUGACGGCUGAUGAAUACCACAAGCUAAACGUGUUCUUUGAUCAAUACCCUGACGGCAAAAUAUCUGAAGGCAUUUUACCAGUCUGCUUCCGUCCCUUCAUCCCAACGCACAUACAGUAUGCACUCACUGUUCCUGUUUUCAAUAUCGACAAAAGGCCGUUUGCCUUGAUUUGUGCUUACAAUGCCACUGAUUCAUCGCGGCGAUUUCUCGAGGGACACGAAUUGUCUUAUCUUCGUGCUAUUGGUGUCAUCAUUCUCUCUGCUGUCCUCAAGAGGAGGAUGAUGCUAGCCGACCAAGCAAAGAGUUUAUUUAUAUCCAACAUAUCUCACGAGCUUCGUACUCCUUUGCAUGGGAUUCUCGCUGCGGCUGAAUUACUUUCCGAUACAUCGUUAAGCCAUAGCCAGACUUCAUUCCUGCACACCGUCCAGGCGUGCGGGACAUCACUUGUUGAAACGGUGAACCACGUUCUCGACUUUACGAAACUUAGCGGCAAUAUGAAAUCAGGCGGCGUGGAUAAUGUCAUUACGAGAAGCAUUGUGGAUCUCGAGCAACUUGUUGAAGAGGCAAUCGAUGGAUCGUGGAUUGGAUAUUGUGCUCGUACAUCUGCCAUUCGCGAGUCGGAAAUCGGGAGUGUUUAUGCUCCAGCAAUGGAGCAGCGAUCCUCGAGUGUCAUGGCUGCUCCAGCCUCUUCGAAGCAUGUGGAGAUUAUUGUCGAUAUCGACCGACGAGAAGGCGGAUGGAUUCUGAAAUGCGAUAAAGGUGGUAUUCGAAGGGUGUUGAUGAAUCUUUUUGGAAACAGCCUGAAGUUCACGACCGUAAGUAUGAUUCAAUGCUUCUUGAGAGAUGGUUACGUUCACGUAUCUUUACGCCAAGUAUCUGCGCCAAAUGAAGAGCCUAGCAUGGUGGAGUUAUGUGUCAGUGAUACGGGAAAGGGAAUCAGCCAAAAUUUUCUGAAGAAUCACUUGUUCCAUCCCUUUUCUCAAGAGAACCCUCUACAAGCUGGGACAGGUUUAGGCCUUGCGAUUGUCAACAGCAUCGUCCAGUCUCCAAGCGUGGGCGGGAAAGUGGAAGUAUCCAGCGAAGAAAACGUUGGUACUGAUAUCAAGAUCACCUUCCAAGCAGAAUCUUUGGAAGAUGGCGCAAGUGCUCUUCAAACUCCUUUCAUGUUUGACAGUGCUAUCCCCACCGUCACCUUCCUCGGGUUCAAGCAGAAGAGCAAAGGUGUUCAGAUGCUCAGUGAUGUGCUUCGCAAGUACCUCCAGGACUGGUGGGGAUUCAGAGUACAGACUGACGGAGGUGAGUUGAGCGACAUCGUGAUCAUAAACGAAGACUCGUCACCUGUUGUUACCGCUCUUGAGAAAAUGGACUACCGUCGGUCGUUCAUCAUCUUGUCUUCAAGUAGAGGUAGUCCGAGGGCCAUGGGGAUUUGCAGUUCUUACGAGAGCCUUGGUGGUUUCUGUCGCAUUGUUCACAAACCAGGAGGGCCUUUCCGAUUGCGCGCUGCGCUGAAACAACUACUUCGAGCCAGGCAAAGACGUCAACAACGUCUGCCAAGCUUUGCCAGCUCAGUAACCGGGAUCUCAGAUGAUAGCAUCUCUCUGCACUCCUGCAUGCUUACAGACGACUUAACGAAUCCAGACCGGCAUCGCCGAACGAGCAUUGAUUGGGGUUCACACAGUCGCUCAGCUCUCGCAUUUCCUAACUCCCCACCUGAAAUGCCAGCAUCGCCGGAUGUUGAGGAAGCGUCGUCUUCUCCGGAGAAUACUGAGUCUGACAGCACAUCCUCGAGCAUGUCGAGUUCAACAGUAACCAUCGGUACAGACGGAAUACUCUUGGAGUCAUCAAUCCGGACACUGGAUUUGAAUCGCCCUCGUCCGAAAAUUUUGGUGGUUGAAGACAACAACAUUUUGCGAAGCUUACUUAUUAAGUGGUUGAUGAAGAAGGGAUUUGAAUAUCGCGAGGCAGUCGAUGGUCGACAAGGAGUCGAAACAUUUGAAUCUGAAGGACCCUUUGACGUCGUUCUUCUUGAUCUGUCCAUGCCUAUCCUCGAUGGGCUGGGUGCUACCGUCGAGAUUCGCCAGCUUGAAAAAGCUCGAGAAAGUCGGCAGCCGAGCGUCAUCCUAGCUUUAACUGGGAUGUCAUCCCUUGAAGACAAACGCAGGGCGUUCGAGGCUGGCAUGAGCGGAUACCUUGUCAAGCCCGUAGCAUUCAAAACGCUCGAAGAGAUGUUCCGCAAGAUAGGGCUCUCGUAA